AUGGACGACCCGGACGGCCCCUCUUCCAACCUGUGGUUGUCUCUACAGGCAGCAGUAGCAUCCAACUUGACCCGAACAGGGGGAGCAGGACCCGUGGUGCAUAGGCGGACCCAGCUGGUCUUGGAGAUCCUCAUGGUGCUGAUGUGUUUGGGCGCUGUGACAGGUAAUAUUCUUGUCAUUAUUAUUGUGGCUGCAAACAAGACUUUCCACACUGUGACGUCAGUGCUGAUCAUGAACCUGGCGAUCAGCGACCUCCUCGUGGGUGUCGGUGUCAUGCCUUUUGUUGCUUUGUCCGUCAUAAACCACAGAUGGGUGGAUUGUAAUGACCUUUGUUUGUAUGUGGGUUACACCUCCUCUGUGUAUUGCACAGCUUCUGUACUGACGUUAGCUGCUAUUGCUCUUGACCGCUACUACUCCAUCAUGGACUGCCUGCGUUACAGCUCCCGCUGCACCCCGUGGAGGAGCUGCGCUGUGGUCCUAUGGAUCUGGUUGCAGGCUCUGGCAGCCAGUUGCCCUCCCCUGCUGGGCUGGAGCUCCGUCAGCUAUGUGGUUCCCAUGUAUAGCUGUGCAGUGAACUGGGCCAGUAGUCCCAGCUACACGGCUUUCAUGGCUGCUCUUUCCUACCUCAUACCUGCAGUGGUCAUCCUCUUCUGCUACAUGAACAUUGUGAAGGUGGCUCGAAGCCAUGCCAGGAGGAUUCAUACACUGGAGGACUCUGUCCAACGCAGCAGAAAUCCAAGUACUGAGUUUGCUCCUGGUGAUUUAUCUCAGCAGCACUGUGGCAGCCUCCACUGCCAUCAUGUGAGUGGACAGUUUGGGUCCGAGGUCAGUGGAGAGGGCAGGAGUUAUAUCAACCCUGCUGUCCCUGAUUCUACUACAGAGCCAAGCUACCCUACAUCCAGACGUUUGUUCUCCUUCCCGGCUCAGAGUGCCUCCCAGCCACACCUGCACAACUCCCAGCAGCACCAUAACCAUCAUGGAUUGGUGCGUCUGUUCCUGGUCAUCUCAGCCUUCUUCCUCUGCUGGACACCUUACAUAGGUGUGGCCCUGGUUCAGGCCACAGAAAAUGCAAUCUCAGGCCAAUCCAGUCUCGUCCCACCCUCAGCUGUUACCUUUUCAUACUGGCUGGUGCUGCUGAACUCCGACAUCAAUCCUCUACUGUAUGCUCUGCUUAGUAAGCGUUUCCAGGGUGCUCUUCAGGGACUUAGGCAAAAAAUAAGAGUACGCCUGGGGAGUGUGGUGGGCAGAGGAAGGGAAGUCAGGGUCCAGGGAUACGAUGGCAGGAUCAGCAACCCCUGCGCUCUGACCACCGCCCAUCCAUGUCCGCCUUCCACCUUUGAGAAUUCAGCCUGUACGGACACCAAAUAUUCUUCCUCCAUUUUUACUGUCAGCACUGACUACAAACAUCCUUCUAAAGAGCAUCUAUGCAAAGUGUGUCACCCUGAAAGUACCUGCCCUUCCUCCAUGUGGCAAGACGCUGGUGGUGACAGCAGGGUUGACUGCCUGUAGGUUCCCUCUCGGCCACAGGAGGGCAGCAGGCUACCUUUCUCUGCAGCAAAGUAACAGUGAGAGUAGAGCAUGAUGUCUUAGUCCAACAUCUGCAUAUUCUCUUGCUGCAGUUAAGUUAUUUUAAUCUGUGAAUUUUUGGAUUAUUUCUGAAUGAAUUUAUUUGUAAAAUGCCAGAAGAUGGUUAAAAAAAAAA